AUUUUAAUUGUUUAAAUUUAGAAAGUUCGAAAAAAAUUAAAUAAUAUAUUUGAGACAUUGAAAUGAUUAUCACACACACGUGUGUGUGUGAUAACAACAGUUACAAUAGUUCUUCGAUUUUUAUUAGCAAUAAUAUUGUCUCUUAUUAAAAACGAGAUAAGAUAUUAUAUAUAAAAUUACUGAAGAAUCAACAUAAAUUAUUAAAUUUUACUGUUCGUCUGUGAAAUGUUUUAAAAAAUUAUUUGGACGAAAGAAGAAUCACAAUACUUAUUUUUAAAUGAUUUCAAACUUUUCGCCGUUAAAUGAUAAUAAAGGUUAUAGAAAGUAAUACCAAGUAAUACGUAAUAGGAAAAUUUCUCAGAUCAAGCUGUUAAAAUAUAUAUGUAACGUUAUAAUUUAAUAAAAAAUAAAACGCAUGUUUUUACUAAAUAUAAACUCGAAUAGAGAAUAUUUAUUUUAAAUAAAAUUUUUAUAUCAACUGCAUAAUAUAUAAAGAAAAUGUAAUAUGCAUUUGCUUAAGGAUAUUUUACACAUAUUAAGAUUUAAAAUUCUUAAAAUUUAAAUUUAAAUUUGCUUAAAAGAUUUGCUCAUCAUUUGUUCUACAUACAUUUAUAUGAUAUAGCUGGAAAUUAAAUAAAGCAGAUUGGAAACAUGGAACAUUUACCAUUACCCAAAGCAUUAGAAUCAUUAGCGUGGCUAGAAGGAACAUGGCGAACAGAGAACUAUGGUAGUGGCAAAUAUCCGACUAUUGAAAAUUUCAAAUAUUAUGAGGAGAUAAGUUUUACAUACAUAGGACAACCCAUGUUUAAUUAUACUGCUCGAAGCUACUCCAUUUCGAAACCAAAACGACCAAUGGCUCAAUCAACAGGUUUCUUGAAAAUGAAUCCAGAGACUAAUAAAAUAUUUCUUAUCUUGGCACACAAUUUUGGUUUAACAACUAUUGAAGAGGGUGAAGUAAUUAAUGAUACCAUUCACUUAAACAGUACAUAUAUAUCAAGAAUGAAUGGAGCAAAACCACCACAAGUAACACAGAUACGCAGAGAAUUCAAACUCAAUGGUAAUUAUUUAGAGCAUGUGUUUUAUAUGGCAACGUCGAAUACCCCAGUGCUGACUGAACAUUUGCGAGCAAAGUAUGUAAAAGUGAACCAAGAGAAUGUAAAGUAAAGAUAAAUUUUUAAAUUGUUAUUGUAUAGUUCUCGCUAUUUACUAUUGCAACUUUCUGUAUAAGUACUAUGAACAAAUAAAAUUUUAGAAUAAUAGGUAAAA